UAGCUCAACUGAAGGCCCCCAUCACGCCAACACAAAUUGUUGAUAUAAGUACUCUUUUUUGAAAUACACAUCUAAGUAUAUUGAAUAAGUAAUGUUUAUAACUGGUUAUAUUUAUUUUUUACUAAAUAAGUCUCUUUUGUAGCUACUGGUACGCCAAUAUUGAUUAAUGUUCAUUGAAUUUUUACAUUUUUGCAGGUAAUAGUUAAGCAUUCUACAUAUACAGGCUUGUGCGCUCGCAGGUAGCGUGCGUUAUUCUGAUUACGAGCAAAUUUACAGUCUAACAACACGAUCAGAAUGAAGUAAAAGUUGCCAGUUUUUUAUGGAAGCUAUCUCAAUAUAUAUGGUAGAUAUCAUACGGCUCGUUGCACACUGGUACCACUUUUAAUUUAUGACUAAAAUGUUAGUUAAAAUUGACAACAGUACCGUCCUCAAACGCUUAGGUCUGUCGUCCUUUUCAUAGUACUUUUGCGUCAGAUCUCAGAUCCCAUUUCAUUUUCUUUGUUCAAAGCUAAUCCAAGUGCUAUUUUGGUUCAUUAUAGUUAUUACUGGACGACAACCUCUUAAUGAGUAUUCUAGUUCUCCAGUCCAGUGAUAAUAUGCACGACACGUCAAUUCCGUCUACAAAAACUUCGUUUUGGGAGUACAAAUGCGCACAUCACGAUAACUCCAUAUCUACGCUUAUCUUAUAUUUAUUUCAACCUCCUGCCAAGAGUUUACCAUUAAACGCCUCUAAUGCAAACCUAGGUAGACGUACUCUUCCGAAUCUGUCUGAACCGACUGUAGCUACUUAUCGAAACGAUAUCCAGUACACGCGUCCCUCUACCAGUAUAUGACACAGGCUAGUUUCAGCCUUUCCCUAGUCAUCCCAGAGGCCACUCUAACCUCAAAGGUUAACUCACAGAAUGUCAACCCUCUCCUACGCUAUCGGAUUAUACGACCCACCGCAAAUAUCGGCAGCUUAAGCCCAGCCAUCUACAGUGGACCGAUAGGUGUUUUCUACUCAAAAUUUAAAAAGCAUACCCACUUAGUUUUACCUUCACCGGCUCGCGCUGCUUUUUUUUUGUUUCGACCCCGUUUUUUUCUCACUCACGGACCUUUCGGAAUUUUUGUCCAGAUCUCACCCACGAAUUUAGGCCUUUAUGGUAAUCCAGCACCAAUUAAUCAACACCCUAGUGAUUUUUUUUGUCGAACAUGCAUGAGCUUACAAAAAAAAAAACAUCAACAGGAACACUAAUAACAACAACAAAAAUGCAUUCCCGUUCUAAAGGGAGAUACGAAAUAAGAGAUUUCUCUAGAGCUCCAGCUCUCUUCGCUGUUUUCCCGAUACGAUAUCCCUCUGUAAUUUAAUCUUGCAUAGGUUUAUAGAUUCCUCAGACAUAGAGGCCUCGAUGCGAGGGUUGUCGGGGCCUUCAGCCAGGAGUGCGAAUGAUUCUUUUCGACGUCUCUUCCUUCGCGAACUCGCGAUUGCGCAGAUGGCCACCAAGCACGAACAGAUGAUAUUUUUGAGUGUGUAAACACUCAUAAUGGUCAUGAUCGUUCUCGUCGACAUUUUGCUGCUGACUCCCUUUCCACUUAUGGUAACGAGCCAUGGUCCCCUUUCUCGUUCGUUAGUAAACCUAUAACAACAACAGUGUCGUCUGCUAGCGACCAACCGGCGAUUAGCUUGUCAAUUCACACAUUUACCUGUAAUCCUCAUGUUCGUCAACUGAUCUAUUCACCAGACUGUCAGUCUCUUGGUCUGUAUCUACCUAUUUUGCUGUCGCUGUCGACGAUGAUCUUUACCGACCACACUUCUUCGAUUACUAGAGAAGACCAGUCGCUCCUCCACCGAGGCGAAGGCGAUUGGGUGGUAGCAGCACGGGCGGAUACGGCCGGCCGGCUCCGGUCAGCCCACAGCGUUUCUUCCUUUGUCCAGUCACUCAGCCACCACGCUCUCGAUCGUGUUGCUGCUGCUUUUGUUGCCUUGUGCUAAAUGACAGCAACAGCAACGAAGCGAGGCGCACGACAGCCGCAGCGGCGUCAAUAAACAAAAGUCCGAAGAGCAUCCGAAGCUGCCGUCCUCGUACUCGCCGUAGCAGUAGCUGUAGUACCUGGCGCGUUUUGAGCAGCAGCAGCAGCAUCUGCAGUAGUAAUGAAAGUCGACUAACAAAGUAACAUUGGAAGUGCCGCUCCUGUUAUGUCGGAGCUGUUCUUGCUGACUCGUCUAUUCUAUUCUGUUCUGUGGAGUCAUUUCGAUGAUCGGCGGAUGGAGCGCACGGAUCGCCCGCGUUACUCGCGCCAGAUUAACGACAACGACAACAACAACUUAGACGUUUCUUCAACUUACUGGAGCUCUUGGUAAAACGAACUAAUUAGCUGGUGCUUUUUCCCCUUAAGUUAUUAGUGUUCGGCAGAGAUAUGCAGACAGAUCAAUGGACACAGCUUCAAGCCAUUGGCAGUGCGUGUUGUCGACGACGAACGCUUUGUCGUCGCUCACACAUUCGGGUUGUCGAGAGUGACAUACGCAAGGAUGAAGAGGGUUCGUGUUCAAUUGUUUACUGGAUCGUUUCACUUGGUUCGUUGCAAUCGCAGUAUUUAGCCUUCGUGCUGUGGGUCCUUUCCUGUUUUGUUGUCCAGAUCGGAGAGAUAUUAUGGAAGGGACACCACCCCAUCCGCCCGUUUGUUGUUACUUCGGCCAGGAAAUCGGUGACGGCCAGAAUUGGUCUGAAGCUCAAUAGUAAUGAACACCCCAUUAGUAUAGCUAGAUCCUUUCAACGAUGCGUAGUGUGUAUGCGCUAAAAAAACAUUGUACUCUCGCGUGUUAUUGUUUUUCCCUUGUCUUAACCGUUGGUGGCCGUUUAUCGUUGUCGCUGUUUCUGCUACUGCUAUUGCCUUAGGCGAUCACGGCAGCGCCCACAGCCAACGGAAAGACCUGGCCUGUCAGCCGGCAACGACAUAAAAAGGUGCAUUGACAAAAAGACGAGCGACACGCGGUUGUGCAUAGAGGAUCGCGGCGUCCCGGUUCCUGCUAGCACAGAAACUGCGGCUGCUGCUCUGUAACAGUGACUACUUCACAAGCGCCUUGAGAGGCACUGGAAUCACAGCAAGUUUGACUGCAAGCAAUUGGCUGUCAAAAUGGCGCUGUUGAUGAUAGCAGUACAUGGUACGUCAACCACUGGGCGAAGAUUUAUCUGUUUACUUGGGCCGCUGACCCCGGACGGCAAGUGAAACAACAAUAACAUCAACGUUAACAAGAACUACUGUGUUAUAUUGCGCGCUGGACCCGCUUCACGCUUCCUGCGCGUCUGACCGAUGCUAACCGCUGAACGCCGGUAACAUUCGUAUCAUAACAGGAUACUGUAUUACUAUUAUUAAUAUAAUUACUAUUUUAUAAGGGCAAUAUGGUUUGAGACUUGGAGAAAAGGACAAAGUGCAGUAGCUCAUAGCAGUAUAAGUCAGUUCGUUGUCUCACCGUUAGUCCCGAGCCAUUUCGGUUGGUUGGUGAUUGCUGCCGCUACAAUAACAAAAAAAAGGAAAAAUAACAAAAGAAAGGUGCUCGGAAAGGCAUUGAAGUCAACAGCUAAGAGGAUAGUGCAAAUUUAGCUUUCCCCGGCGAUCAAGGACGAGCAUUGCACGGUGCGAGCUAGGCUUACGCGUGAUCAGCUCACGCAGUGAUACACAACAGCGUCGAGCACAGCGUCGUAUCCCGAUGUCGUUAAAAAGUCUUUGAACUCGAAAUUGGUCGGAACGCGAGUUGCGAAUGACUACUGAGGGUUUUGCACACAACCGGUCGACCUAGCCCGUCGCGUAAACUUUAGGUGCUUCAGCUGGCUGACCGUUCAUCCGUUGGUGUUCGCGCAGCUGGUCGCUGUGUUGCCGCCUAUAGUGGCUGGUUUUACAAUACGACUUGAAUUUGCUCAUGUUGUAUGCGAACUUUGUCACUAUUACUGGCUAAGUAUUUUGUUUCAAAUUGUUGUUGUUAUUGUUGUUCGACUGUGUCAGGAAAAGAUCAGUGGUCGGCCAAACAAACGAGCUGCAAAACAAGUUGCAACGAAAUCGAUAACCUGGAGCCUACUGUUGAGCCUGAAUGAUCGCGUAAAUAUGCUUGUGCUGCAGUUUCUUCUCAUCUUCGUCUGAUAACUUAUUAUGAUUUAUAGAUAUAAUUAUGUAGAAGGACUGCUGCUCGUUAGUGACGACGGACACGGGUCAAGUGUUUCGAUGCCAGCUCUAUGUGUGGUGAUCAGAUGGUAUACAUAUAUAUAUAUGGCAAAGUUGUCGUUGGAACAGCGGUACUUGAUGCCGCCGAUGAUUAGCGUAGAUGCGGGUUAAGUCGAUGAUAAUACAAUUGAUUGCUGCUUUAUUGUUGCUUACAGAUUAUUAUUAGUAUCCACAUCGUUUUGAUUGAUAUUGUUGUUAUGCUAUACAUAUAUAUAACCGUAUCAAUCUACGUUUCUUGUGUUGGUGUUGUCAUUCUAUAUCUGGCAUUUGGUUCUAUAUAGCAGAGUGUCAUCAGCACAUCCUUGUAUGCACACUGAGUGAGGAUCGUCGUUGACCAGAACGUAUAACGGAGGAGCUAGCCAGCUCGAUCUGUUCGAAAAGGAGCGAUAUCGAACUCGCCGCUGUGCCCGCUGACGUUAUCAAAGCUUCGCUCGGGUGACGUUUGGUGAUCGACAGGCGAAAAGUUCACGACUUCCUACGAUCAUCCACAAUACGUUCUUUUACGUACAAGGAAAAUAACACUGCGACUAUGGGGAGUACCCCUGCGAAUUUUGUUGAUUACUAACAAAUUCACAGAUAUGUUAACGUCGUCAUUGUGGUCAUUGUUGCCACUGUCGUUGUUGUGAUUUCGCUAUUGUUGUUCUUAGCGCUGAUGGAAAUAGCAGCGGCAGUGGCUGUUGUUCUCGCCGCUGCCGCUGCUGCUGCUGCUGCUGUUGUUGUUGUUAUUGACUUCUCGGCCGUCGCUGUGGUAUGCCACUCCAGUAGGACACUAUUUAUUUGCAGGCCUGCAGAACGUUAAUAGUCGCACGGCUGUUAAGUUGUUGGCAAAGCCGGUACUGACCAGCUCCGGGCAGCGGUAACACUGGUGCUGUUGAUCGACGGCUGACGUCAGGCCGCUGAUGGAGGCGCUGCUGGUGAUCACACAGAAACCGAGAGAGAACUAAAGGAAGCAGCAGCGCCAAUCACGCUGCGCUAAUCAUCGUGGCGGCCACGCACUGCAACAGAACGGCAGCGCGCCGUUAUUACUACCGCCGCCACAAGUCGCCGUCUACAGCCCCGGCUGCGGUUGCCGUCAAAGCCGCUGCUGAUACGCGGUCCUUAGGGCUGCAGCGACAGCGAACAGCGGCUCGUAGGCUAUGUUUAGCUCUAGACGGCUUUUGAUAUAUAAUAAUAUAGAUUUCCAGCAGCUGUAGAAUAGUCGGACGCAAAUUCGCUGGGAAGCUGGAAUGAUGCUGCCGCAGCAGAUGGCUGAGCUGGCGUGACGGGCAACGCGUGGAUGGUUGAACGACGGGCUGACCAGCCAAUGGUGUUUGGCUCUAACUGCUUGUCCUGGCUGACUUCCUGCUUCUUUAUUCAACGGACUGUUAUCAGCUAGACGGUACACCGUCGAAUAGUGCAGAUCGGAUGAGAAGCACACAGUGAGAGUGGUCUGAUAGUUUUAGAGAGUACUGCGGUAUAUAACGGACCGCCUGAUUGGCUAGGUUCGUUAAUGACUAAACUUAAACAGUGAACAGUGAUUACCUGCGGAGGCAGCGAUUCGUAGAAUAGUACAGGGUCAACAAAACGACAUGUUGUUACGAAACGAUUGAGUUAGAGUCGCAGUGUGCCGGGUCCCUCGGUGCGUGCAUGCACAGUGUUUCUGAAGAGCUCCCGCUUUGACUGGCGAACGCUAACAACAAUAUAAGUAACAAUACGAACGAAUUAUCUGUCCCUGAUUGAACAGCUACGAAACCUAACCCAAACUCAAAUAACGAGAAAGUACGAAAGCAUACCCACCAUAAUGGUCAAAGGGCGGUACAAUACCGGAACGACACCGACUGAAUAGAAAGGGGGCAAAAAUAGAACGCGUACGAUUGGCUGUAAUAGUGGCGGCAGCAGCAGCAGUAAAGGAAUUAUUAAUAACAAUGAAAUAGAAGGGGUAACCGCCAAAGAAAAUGGCCGUUUCAAUGUUGAACAGAUUCGACGAAGGACUGCGGUGAUAGCCUCUGCUGCUUACGAACUGCACGGAGAACGUACAACAAAAAAAUAUUAAACGGAACUACAGGAACAACAGUACAAUUAUCAGCACCAGUUGUGGUGGUUAUUAGAAGAGCAGCUGCAGUAGCAGAAGCAACAGGCUCAAAGGCCAUUGAAUCCUCCACAAAGAACAAAGAGUAGUUCGUCAUGAUCAGUAGUAGCAGUGGUCGGACAGCUUUCUCUAAUCAAUUUAAUUGUUAUCAGAUAAUGCUUUACUAAGACUGUUAGCCUAGCACGUAACUACUGGUUGAAAACGAGUCCCACGAUCGAGCAAAAUUUCCGCUAGUGUUUUGCAACGACCGCAUAUAUCGACACAUAUAAGCUAGAAAGCUGAGAUAACGCAUAGUUGGCACGAAAAAUGAAAAUAGAACGAACGGGAGCAGCGACGAUAACGAUAAAGCGUGACAUGUUCGACGACGACGACGACAACAACAACAGCAGCAGCAGCAGCAGUUCCAAAUGACGCACCUAGAAAAUGGGCUAUAACAAGCUCUAAAGGAAAAAAACACGACGGAUAUACAAGAAAUCAGCCGUAUGCUUCUCGCCAGCUACGCUCACAUAACUUUUCAUAGGAUAACGGAGUCGAUCCAUACCAGUUCUACGGCCUCCACAGGAAAUUACCACCGGUAGCAUUAGUGAAAUAACGACGAUUCGUCAUGGCAGGCGGUUCGGAUUCGGGAAGCAACUUCCGAUCAUCUUACUAUGAUAAGGCCGGUAUCAGGUGUAUCCCCAGCAGAUACUUCUAUCGCAGCCGGAAUCGAAGAGGACCGUAAGGGUCAAUUCGAAGAGCUAAAAUCUACUCUUCAAGUUAUGCGGCUGGUUGACAAAAACUCGAGCAAAGCUGAUACCGUUACGUUGAUGAUCCUAUUAGAACGAGGCGAGCUCCAGUUGGACCCAACUGCUCAGAUGACGAGCCCAGCGAUACGUGAUCUUCAGCUUAUGUUCGGCGUGAUGUGUCGUGUAGCUCCAAAAUUGCAAGAUGCCUAUUGGCUUGCCAGAAACUUUUACAACCAUAUGAUCGCGCUUCAAAUAGACGCAAAAGAACUGAUAAGCCAAACUCGGAUCUUGCUGGAAAAAGACGAGCCGGCGUUAUUUGAGCGAAUCAUGAGUAGUACCUUGACCGGUCGAUGCAGCAAUUCAGGCGGUGGAAAAAACCAACAAGGACCAACAGGAUCAAUGGUCCUACUGCCAAUCGAGCGGUGGUUUAAUACGCUGUUUGCGUCUGUUCUGCCGGAUGCCGCUCUACUUAAGGUGUGGGACAAGUUCAUCGGCGGUCUAGUCAACAAGCAUUUGGCUACAACGGCAAAACUAAUUAUUGUUGCGCUUAAACCACUGCUCAUGCCCGCGACUGUCACGCAGAAGCUGCGACAGCAUCAUCACCUUCAUCACUACCCAACACCGAGCCAAACCCAGAACCUCGGAAGCUCGGGGACUACAGUUAGCUCCAGCAGUCACCCGAGCCAACAGCAUCAACAACAGCAGCAACAGUUUUGCCCCCAGGAACAACUGCAACAUCCGCCACAGGCACCACAGCAACAUGGCCAGCACUUCACUCACAGCACAGCUCCGGCCCAACGACAGCCAUUGCAGAACAAUAACAUCAACAUGAAUCAUCAUCAUCAUCCACAACAACAACAACAUCCACACCCCGCACAGCACCAGUAUCACCAUCAUCAUCAUUGUGCUGGUGGUGGUAGUAGUAACAACAACAGUCAGAAUCAGAAUCCGAAUUCAGGGACGUCCCCCACCACUCAGCAGCUGCAGCAGCAGCAGCAGCAGCAUCAAACAGCCUGCCAAAACCUGUCUACAUCCUCGAAACAACAACCUGGUGAUUUCCAGUCGUUGUUACAAGAACAGAACCAAUUCGCUCAUCAGCCCCAGCAACCACAGCAUCAGCAGCAACAACUGAAUUUUCCACCCUGCUGCGCCGAGGCAGCAAGUGGGGGAAACCUGGGUCAACCUGAGGUCGGUAAUUUACCGGCAAAUUUAACUGGAGUCGGCUGCGUCAGCGGGACUGCGGCAAGCAGCAUCGAUAACGGGGAUCUGCUUCAGCAGAGUCAAUUGAUGACGAUCUUCAACCAGCCAUUGUCGGAUGAUAUGGCUGCACCAUUGAUUGCCAUACUUUAGCUGUGAUGAUGUCAUUAAAUAGCAUAGUAUAGAAGAUAAUAGAGAGUACAGAGCGAGUGGUGAUUCUGCGUGAGCAGAGUCAUUAAAGAGUCAUCACCGUCUUUAAACAUCGCUAUCGUUUUAACCACGAUUGAUUUUCGGCUGAAUUAUUUACCUAUUUAGUUAUCUAAGUGAGGUCAAUUUGUUUUUCACUGAUUUGUAAAUGGAUUUAAAGAUUUUUUUUCCUAUAAAAAUUAAUGCAUUUGCACCUUUGAAGCUUUUGUCUUUCUGUAAAGCGUAUAAUGUUUUCAUUCAAUUUUACGAAACUCUUCGGCUUCUGGAUAGAAAAAAAUGGAAAAAUAGAUUCGAUCCCGCUGGUCUAUACAUGGCAAACAUUUUUCAGCCUUUUACCUUUUGUUUUCUAGGCUUAGUAAAUGUAGACGUAAUUAAGGAAUGAAACCUCGAUAGAAAGUGGUGUCUGAAGCAAAAUCGGCUUAGUCGAAUUAAUUCAAUGUGGAAUUAAUGGCACAUAUGACCCACAGCACUCGCAUCUGAAAUGAGGGUUAUUAUUAUGACAAUGAUAAAAUGAAGCAUAGCAGUAGAAUUAACUGAAAAAUAUUUUAUAAUUUUACGGCCUGAAACAGUAGGCCUACGAAGCGAAAACAGACGGAGCCUAGGACAGGGUGUGUUGAUUACAGAUUCUGCCCAGUUGUACAUCGAAAGGAAGGAAGACGUGUAGAUAAAUUCUAAAUAGUCAUGGUGGAAAUCUAGGACAAUUCAGGACAACAAACAUCUCCCAAUUAUUCCUGUAAAAUAUUAAUAAAGCACAACGGAAGCAACAGAUGACUAAAAAAACUCAUUAAAAGAACGAAACAUUGAUAUAACUAUUGUAAAAGCCAAAUUAUACUACUGAAAUACCAGUAAUAAUGACAACAAUUCAUAUUUGUUGAACA